GGGCUAUUGUUCUAGGGUUUGGCGCCGCCGGGGAUAGGGUUUAGAGGCGACGAGCGAUGGCGCCUCCGACAGCCAAAGGCAAGGAUGCCAAAUCCAAGGCCGCCAAGGCAGCGAAGGCGGUGAAGAAUCCGGCCCCCAAGAUCCGGCGGAGGAGGGUCCGGACCUCGGUGACGUUCCACAGGCCCAAGACCCUGAAGCAGGCGAGAGCGCCCAAGUAUCCCCGCCUCAGCGCCCCAAAUCGCGAGAAGCUGGAUCACUACAAGGUGCUCAAGUACCCGCUCACCACCGAGUCGGCCAUGAAGAAGAUCGAGGAUAACAACACCCUGGUCUUCAUCGUCGACAUCCGGGCCGACAAGAAGAAGAUCAAGAACGCCGUGAAGAUGAUGUACGAUAUCCAGACCAAGAAGGUGAACACGCUGAUCAGACCUGAUGGGCUGAAGAAGGCGUACGUGAGGCUUACAGCAGACAUCGACGCUUUGGAUGUGGCGAACAAGAUUGGCAUCAUCUAAGCUAAGCUUUCCCGAGUCUGGUUUUUAUGUACUGCUCGCGCUGCUCGUUAAUGCAAAGUUUUGAUUUUGAUCUUA